GCCAUCAGCUCAUUACCAACCCCCUGUUCUUCACCACAAGACAUACACUCCCUUUAAAUUGGCAUCACUUUCGCAGAUCAGAUCAGUACAACACAAGAAACAUGUCGAGAGUUCCACGAAUCAAACUGGGUUCACAGGGCCUAGAAGUAUCCGCUCAAGGUCUAGGUUGUAUGGGCAUGUCCGCCUUCUACGGAGCCCCGAAACCCGAACCCGACAUGAUCAACCUCAUCCACCACGCCAUUAACGCUGGCAUCACCUUUCUCGACACCUCCGAUAUUUACGGGCCCAAAACCAACGAGAUCCUUCUCGGCAAGGCUUUAAAGGGAGGAAUGAGGGGGAAGGUGGAGCUGGCUACUAAGUUUGGGAUUAAGUAUGAUGGUGUGCGGGAGAUUCGCGGAGAUCCGGAGUAUGUUCGGGCUUGUUGUGAAGCUAGUUUGGAGCGGCUUGGGGUGGAGUCUAUUGAUCUGUAUUAUCAGCAUAGGAUUGACACUCGUGUGCCCAUUGAAAUCACGAUGGGCGAACUAAAGAAGCUGGUGGAAGAAGGAAAAAUUAAAUAUGUUGGAUUAUCAGAGGCAUCGGCAUCGACCAUCAGAAGAGCCCAUGCUGUGCACCCAAUAACCGCCAUACAACUAGAAUGGUCCUUAUGGACAAGAGAUGUUGAACAAGAUAUCAUUCCUACUUGCAGAGAACUUGGGAUUGGGAUCGUUGCAUACAGUCCGCUCGGACGAGGGUUCUUCUCUUCUGGUCCUAAGAUGCUCGAGAAGUUGGAAGAUGGCGACUUCCGUAAGUACCUACCGAGGUUCCAACCUGAAAAUCUGGAGCACAACAAGAUCUUGUUCGAGAGGGUUAACGAACUUGCAUCAAAGAAAGGGUGCACCCCUUCACAGCUAUCGCUGGCCUGGGUUCACCACCAGGGAAAUGACGUAGUCCCCAUUCCAGGAACCACCAAGAUCGAAAAUCUUGAACAAAACAUAGGAGCGUUAUCCGUCAAGCUAACGCCAGAAGAGAUGGCUGAACUUGAAUCCAUUGCAUCAGCUGAUUCAGUCAAGGGAGAGCGAUAUGGUUCGGGUCUUUCCACGUAUGCGGACUCUGACACUCCUCCAUUGUCAUCUUGGAAAGCUUAAUCUUAACCGCUGCUGCUAUCGGUUUUUUUUUUUUUGUGUAAACAUAUCAUAGCUGCAAGUUGUUUGUGAGUCAUAUGCUUGUAUACACUUAAAUCGCUAUGUAUUCCUGUAAUAACCUUGUAUCGUGUUUUGAAACUUGGUUGUGAUGUAAGCAGCCGAGACCUUGAGCAGAAUAAAUACAUGCGGGUUCAUGUUUGGACUUUGUCGAAUCUAAAA